AUGGAUAACGGGAAUUGCUCCUCAUUGACAGAAUUUCUCCUUUUGGGAAUUACAAAUAACCCCGAGGUAAAAGUAUUUUUAUUCAUUAUGUUUCUAGUUGUUUAUCUCACGAAUCUGCUGACAAAUGUUGGAAUGAUCAUUUUAAUCAGAAUGGAUACCCAGCUCCACACACCAAUGUACUUUUUUCUCAGCCAUCUUUCUUUCUCUGAUCUUUGCUAUUCCACUGCAGUUGGUCCCAAGAUGCUUGUAGACCUCCUGUCCAAGAACAGGAGGUCUAUUCCUUUUCUUGGCUGUGCUAUGCAGUUCUUCACUUUCUGUAUAUUCAUAGAUGCCGAGUGUGUGCUUCUGGCAGUGAUGGCAUUUGAUCGAUAUAAGGCCAUUAGUAACCCCCUAAUGUAUGUAGUAGAUAUGUCCAGGAAAGUGUGCUUCCAAUUAUUGAUUGGUGUUUAUUCUGUGGCAUUAGCAGAUGCUUUGAUACAUACAACAUUGACAUUCCACUUAUGCUUCUGUGGGUCUAAUGAGAUUAAUCAUUUCUUCUGUGAUAUUCCUCCAGUGUUAGUACUGUCUUGUUCAGAUACACAGGUCAAUGUGUUAGUCAUAUUCACCGUGUUUGGUUUCAUUGAACUGAGCACCAUCUCUGGAGUGCUUAUUUCAUAUUGUUACAUCAUCUCAUCAGUCUUGAAGAUCAGCUCUGCUGCUGGGAGGAUAAAGGCUUUUUCUACCUGUACAUCACACUUGACUGCAGUUGCAAUUUUUCAAGGAACUAUGCUCUUCAUGUAUUUCCGGCCAAGUUCUUCCUAUUCCCUAGAUCAAGAUAAAGUGACUUCCCUUUUUUAUACACUUGUAAUCCCCAUGCUGAAUCCUCUGAUUUAUAGUUUGAGGAAUAAAGAUGUGAAAGAUGCACUCCAAAGAAUAAGAAGCAAAAUGUGUUUAAAAUAA